GGAUCAGUAAGGUGAGUCUGGAUCAGUAACCUGAGUCUGGAUCAGUAACCUGAGUCUGGAUCAGUAACCUGAGUCUGGAUCAGUAACCUGAGUCUGGAUCAGUAACCUGAGUCUAGAUCAGUAACGUGAGUCUAGAGCAGUAACGUGAGUCUGGAUCAGUAAUGUGAGUCCGGAUCAGUAUGGUGGAGUCUAGAUCAGUAACGUGAGUCCGGAUCAGUAACGUGAGUCCGGAUCAGUAACAUGAGUCUGGACCAGUAACGUAAGUCCAGACCAGUAACGUAAGUCCGGAUCAGUAACGUGAGUCCGGAUCAGUAACGUGAGUCCGGAUCAGUAAGGUGAGUCUAGAUCAGUAACAUGAGUCUAGAUCAGUAACGUGAGUCUAGAUCAGUAACGUGAGUCUAGAUCAGUAACGUGAGUCCAGAUCAGUAAUGUGAGUCCGGAUCAGUAUGGUGGAGUCUAGAUCAGUAACGUGAGUCCGGAUCAGUAACGUGAGUCCGGAUCAGUAACAUGAGUCUGGACCAGUAACGUAAGUCCAGAUCAGUAACAUGAGUCCGGAUCAGUAACGUGAGUCCGGAUCAGUAAGGUGAGUCUGGAUCAGUAACAUGAGUCUGGAUCAGUGAGUCCGGAUCAGUAAGGUGGAGUCUAGAUCAGUAACGUGAGUCUGGAUCAGUAAGAUGAGUCCGGAUCAGUAAGGUGGAGGCUGGAUCAGUAAGAUGGAGUCCGGAUCAGUAACGUGAGUCCGGAUCAGUAACGUGAGUCCGGAUCAGCAAGAUGGAUCCUGGUUUUUAUAAAAACAGAAUUGAAAAUGAAAGGAAGCUGACAGGAGGAGGCGGGCUGGACCAGCUGUCAAUCAUUCUCAGGUGAUAAACCAAAGGUGUUUAUGUUAUAAUGACUUUAUGUCACGCUGUAAAGAAGGUAACAGACACCUGGGCACACCUGGUAGAUCAGAACCAGAACUCCUCAGGUCUGUAGAGCUGUCAGAACAACAGAAGUCUGAACUAAAGAUGAAUCUGGGGGGUGGGGGGGGCUCUGGGGGGCUCAGGUGGUCUCAGGUGUGAGUAGAGGAGGCCCUAAAGGGUAAAAGGUGAGAACCACUAUUCUAGUAGGUCUGAAUGAUUGAAAAUCCCUGAUCCAGGACUCCGCUCUCAGUCUAAGUUUGGUGUGAAUGGCUGUAAAGAAGGGAAUGAUCCUUUAAAUGUCAUUUGUUACUGUUGUUCUGUUUUCUGGAUGUUAAUGGUCACUCUAGUUAACUUUAUAUUCUUUUAUAUUCAUGUUCUUUAAUGCGCUCUGUCCUCUGUUCUUCAUGUUUUUGUGGUUUUAUAGCAGAUUAACACAUUUACAGACGGUAUGUUGUAGUUUUUUUACAUUAACAAACAAAAACUAAAGACUACAUUCAUCUCCCCCUCUACUGUCUGUAAAUACUAAUGUGAUAAUUAUAUAAAUAUUAUUUAAAAAAUACAGCACACACGUGAGCAUGAACAUUUAUGUCAUGUAAAGAGAAAAACGUAAAGAUUAAAACCCUGGCUCUGUCUUUUCUGGGUUUGUUUCUUUAAAUAUUAUCCUCAGUCUCUCUCCUAAAUCAUCAUUUUUCAUAAAGUCCUCAGAUAUUGUCCAAACGUCCUUGUAAACCUUGAAUUAAUGUUCUAGGAUAAAUGUUAUCAUGGACAGUUUAACUGUGUUUUAAGGUCAACAGUUUAUUCCAGUAGACUUUUAUCAUUCAUUCAGUCUGAAUCUAGAGACGUUCGUGAACUUACGUUCUUUUUUCUGAUGGAUAAAAAUGUAACAAUCAUUUUAGAUUCUAAUGGAUUAUUUAGAGAUGAAAUAAUCUUUAUUUAACUCUUUUCUUUAAUAGCAUGUGUUUCAGAUCUCCUUUAAGUAGCUGAUCAGUGGUGUUAGAAAAUAAAAGCAUCGUUAUCUUCAGUCAGAUCCUGAUUCAACAGGAAAAAGAGAUGAAGAGACUUUAGAAACUACCGUAGCAGUGUGAGGUCAGAGUCAUUAGAUUGGACAAAUGAUAUAAAUAAUCCUUACUAAAAUAAAUCCAUCAGAGCAAACAUUUGAACUCGGUUAUCCUGACAGUUAUUACUGUAAACGUUCAUCAGGCCUCUCUGUUUGAAUGAAUAUCAACAUAAACUCUACGGAUGUAGAAGAUAAAGCUGAGUUUUAAAAAUAGACCCUAAAAACUGAAAGUCUUGCCCAACCCUGAGCCCGCUGAUGUGGAAACCUCCCCCUCCCUCUGAUUGGCUGUGAAAUGAUGGUAAAUGUUUGAGAGGGCGCCGCCGUCGUCCCUCCGCCUUGUUCCACUUCAGGAGGCGAGGCGGUGUAAUGGCUGGGUUGGUUUCCGUAUUAAUCUGCGUCACCAGUUCUGGUCUGACUCGGUCAGAGAUGCAAAGAUGUGAUUGUUUCAGAGUUCAUCACAGAGAGGAUUUUAGCUCUGGUCUAAAUCUGGAGCUUCUUUAAAAAUAGACCUGAGAGGAAGUGGGACGGCAGGUACCACAGAAGAAGAACGGGUGUUCAGGUGCAUAGAUUAACCUGAAUAGGGUGAGUCUGUCUGUCCACCAAGCUUAGAACAGUUUUAGAUUUUUGAUUACUUUCCUUUUUUUAUUUCAUUUUUAUUUUCAGUUUCACUCUAGGUUUUAACCCUUUCCCUGCUGGUCUGUUAGUUUAGUUUGGCUUUUAUUUUGAAAAAUACCUUCAGAUAGGCUACUCCUCAUUUUAUUCACAAAGUCUUCUUCAGUCAGAUCAGACAGUUUUACACCCCUAGGUUUGGUUGUUCUGCUGUCAAAGACUAAAACGAAGGACUUUUAGUCUCUAAUUUUAUUUGAUUUCAUUGGUUUUUAAAGCAGGUGACACAGCUGUAGUCCGUUUGUUUUGUAAAGUCAGUUUUUAAUUUAUUUUGAUGCUGAUGUCAUUAUAUUGUACAUCCUAAAUACUAGUGGUAUCAGACGUAAUCUUUAGUGAUGUUCCUUAAAUUAAAUAUCAGCAUAUAAACGGCUCUGAUAUUGAUCCUGAAGAGGUCCAGGACAGGUUUCAUAACUCCUGCCAGCUCAGUGGUCAUUAGCAGAUCCCUGAUAUUAGUGAACGGUUUAAAGUCGGUGCUUUUGGUCGUGCAGGGAUGGUGCAGCCGCAGCCGGACGGCCCCAUGCAGUGGGAGAUGUCUGGAGAGGACAGUGGAGGGGCCCUCAGGGUCCCGCCGGAGCUGGCUGCCAAUGAAGUGGUGACCAGGUUACUGGGAGACAACCAGCAGCUCAGAGAGGCGUUGAGGCGGAGUAACUUGGCCCUGCGUCAGCGCUGCGAGGAGAUGGAGGGAUGGCAACGCCGCACCAGAGAGGAGCGAGAGUUCCUCAGCUGUCGUUUCCAGGAGGCCCGGGCGCUGGUGGAAAGGCUGGCCCAGGAGAACCACUCCUUACAGGGCUUAGUGAACGGACCGGCCUCCUCAUCCUCCUCCAACAACUGCUGCAGCUCCAGUCAGACCGAAGAGCUGCAGGGACGCCCGGCCAGGAACGGACCGCUGGACGGACCGCAGACACUGGAUCAGCGGGAAAAGAAGAGGGUUGAAGAGGCAGACCGGCAAACACAGACCACGCCCCCUCGCAGCCUGGGCGAUGCCAGUGUGCAUAGCUCGCUGAGUAGCGCCCUCCCCUCUCCCCCCUCCUCUCUGUCGGAGGCGUGGGGGGAGAUAAUGGGCAGGGAGAACGGCCAGCCGGUCGAAGGUUCCAACGACUUCCUCCAGCUGCUGAAGAGCCACAAAGAAAAGCUGGAGGAAGGGAUGAGGGAGCUGAGGAAGAGGAACGACGAGCUGGAGAGAGAGAGGGAGGAGGGCGAGAAAGAGAGGGAGCGAAUGAGGCGCUGCAUGGACCAGCUCAGGGCCAAACUGGCUCAGGUUCAGGCCAGUAACACAGAGGAGGUUCCUCCGUAUCGCUCUGAGGCUCAGCACUCCUCAGACUGCUCUAGCCUGGCUAAACUCACCGAGCAGCUGCAGGCCACACAGGGCAGGUAUCGAGAGCUGGAGGAGAAGCUGGACUAUCUGCAGAAGAGUUCUGCUCAGCGGGACCGGACCGAGGCUCUGCUCAAACAGAAGGACAAAGACUGUGCACAGCUGGCGAAGGAUUUGGAGGCCCUGAAGGCCCAGGCUACGUCUCUGCUGGCAGAGCUGAAUGAGAGACAGAGCUGUCUGGACAAGAGCGAGCACGAACGCAAACUGUUGGAGGAGAAGCUCUGCAGUAAGAUGAAGGCUCUGCUGAUGGCUGAGCGGGACCAGGAGCAGCAGAGGAAGCAGCAUCAGGUGGCCAUGGACAAGCUGCUGCUGCAGACGCAGAGCCUGGAGCAGGCGCUGAAGGCCGAGAGACACGUGGUCACCGAGGAGAAGAAGAAACUGACCCAGCUGCAGCACGCCUACACGUGUCUCUUCAGAGACUACGAUUCUAAGCUGAAGAGUGAGGGCGGGGACCUAUGCAGCCGUCUGGAGGAGGCGGAGCGAGCUUUGGCGCUGAAACAGGAUCUGAUCGAUAAACUGAAGGAGGAGGUGGAGCAGCAGAAAGGUUCUCUGGAGACGGUUCCUGUCCUCACUGCACAGGCUGACAUCUAUAAAGCCGACUUCUUAGCGGAGCGAGAAGCCAGAGAGAAGCUGAACCAGAAGAAGGAGGAGCUUCAGGAACAGCUGACUCAGGCCCGCACCGAGAUCGAACGGCUCAAACAGGAGGCCACGUCACGAGCGAGAAUCGAACAAAUGAAGCUGAGACACCUGGAAGACUUCCCGACACAAGCCCCUCACAUUCCCCCUCCACAAGGUGUGUUCCCAGGUGCGGCCUUUAACACGGUGCCCCCUGCCCCCUCGUACCGUAACCAGGGUCUGUUACCCGUGCGUGACCCUGGGGCGGCGGGGGCCGAGGAGCUGCCAGAUUUAUGUUGUCCAAAGUGCCAGUACCAGGCUCCAGACAUGGACACGCUGCAGAUACACGUGAUGGACUGUAUACAGUAACAUGUGACACGUGUCUGUAACAUACAUGUUUAUCUACAUGUUCAUCCUGUGUGUGUGCUCAACACCCCCCCACCCCCCCACACCGAGAAUCAUGUGUGAUAGCUGCACCUUAUUCUAAUAUCUACAACUAUUCACCUGAACGCCACUGUGGAUCUAAGAGUGUUCAAACCUGUAGACCAGAGCCAAUCAGACGCCAGAAAGAUGAUCAGCGUGAUGUGUUCCAGAAUGCUCAAAGCAUUUAAACUCUGCUGUAUUUUUCCAUCCUGAAAUCCACCAAAUAUCAACAUUUCUCCCUUCAUCCCUUCUUUUAUUUCCUCCAUGUAUGCAGAACGCUGGCUGUGUCCCCAACUGCAUAAUGAAUCUGUAAUACUUCAUCCUAGACCUACAUCCUACAUCCGCACCCUACAUCCUGACCUACACCCUACACCCUACAUCCUACAUCCUACAUCCUGACCUACACCCUACAUCCUACAUCCUACAUCCUACAUCCUGACCUACACCCUACACCCUACAUCCUACAUCCUGACCUACACCUACAUCCUACAUCCUACAUCACACAUCCUACACCCUACAUCCUACAUCCUGACCUACACCCUAGACCCUACAUCCUACAUCCUACAUCCUGACCUACACCCUAGACCCUACAUCCUACAUCCUGACCUACACCUACAUCCUACAUCCUACAUCACACAUCCUACACCCUACAUCCUACAUCCUGACCUACACCCUAGACCCUACAUCCUACAUCCUACAUCCUGACCUACACCCUAGACCCUACAUCCUGACCUACACCCUACACCCUACAUCCUACAUCCUGACCUACACCUACAUCCUACAUCCUACAUCCUACAUCACACAUCCUACACCCUACAUCCUACAUCCUGACCUACACCUACAUCUACAUCCCACAUCCUACACCCACAUCCUACAUCCUGACCUACAUCCUAUACCUACAUCCUGGGAUGUAGGUAUAGGAUGUGGGAUAUGGGACAUAGUGUGUAGGAUAUAGGAUGUAGUAUGUAUUACAUGGAAUGUAGUAGUAAUAUAAACUAUCACUACUGCCUCUAACCUUACAUCCCACAUCCCUAAUCCCACAUAUUUAAAUCUUCCAUGUCUUAAUCUCUGAUCAUCAGUGGAUCUCUCUAACAUGAGUAUACAUCCUGUAACCUCAGAGCGGGCUCCUCGCCGUGCACAGUCACAUUUAGGAGGAGUAUUUUAUCAGUUUGGGACACAGCCCUACUCUCCCGUCAGUAUUCGUACCUUUGUCUCCUUCCUGUCUCCUCCAUCGUUGAUCUUUGGGCCUAAGGUGGAAACCGUGAUGUUGAGAAGGUAGAGAAACCUGAAUGUGAAUAAUCUAGUGAGCUUUAAUGAGAUAAUCUAGAAUAUCCAAUCAGUUUUGGUCCUAAAUGUCGCUGUCUGCAGUACCUCAGACAUGUAUUAUUAUUCUGUAUUAUUAUGAUGAGAAUAUUCUGUAUUAGAGAUGGAUGUUUGCAGCCAGUCUCUGUGUUCUGUGCCUGUGUACACCUUUGAAUGCACCGCUGCUUUUCCUGAUGCUUCCGACCCUGAACGCAGCGUCGCCCCUGUGUGCCCGGUACCUGUACCUACCUGGAUGUUGGUCUGCAGGUGAGCAGAGGGAGGGUCUCUGUGAAAAAUGUCUGAACGUCUAAAAAUCAUUGGGUGCAAAAAAGAAAUGUUUCAUGCUGUUAAAGUUUUACCAAAUAAAUCAG